UAUAUUUUUUUUAUAUGGAAUGAAUUGCACAACACUGCAUUGCCCUUAUUAUAAAUAUCCAAACCCUCAUUCUCCUCUUCCACAAACAACUUAAUUGAUUGCUGCAACCCACCAAUCUCUUAUAUACUCUCUCUCUCUCUCCUCUGAAACUUUGAUCAUUCAUCACCAUCACACAAAUUGAACCAUGGUUCUCUCAAAGACUGCUUCAGAAUCAGAUGUGUCCGUCCACUCCACCUUCGCAUCUCGCUACGUUCGCUCUUCACUUCCACGGUUUAAGAUGCCGGACAACUCGAUACCGAAGGAGGCGGCGUUCCAGAUCAUAAACGACGAGCUGAUGCUAGACGGGAACCCGAGGCUGAACCUGGCAUCGUUUGUGACGACGUGGAUGGAGCCAGAGUGUGAUAAGCUGAUGAUGGCUGCAAUCAACAAGAACUACGUCGACAUGGACGAGUACCCCGUAACCACCGAGCUUCAGAACCGUUGCGUGAACAUGAUAGCACAUCUGUUCAAUGCUCCGUUGGGAGACUCGGAGACGGCGGUGGGCGUUGGAACAGUUGGGUCAUCUGAGGCCAUAAUGUUGGCAGGCCUUGCUUUCAAGAGGAAGUGGCAGAACAAGCGCAGAGCCGAGGGAAAGCCCUGUGACAAGCCCAAUAUUGUCACCGGAGCUAAUGUUCAGGUAUGCUGGGAAAAAUUUGCAAAUUACUUUGAAGUAGAAUUGAAGGAAGUUAAGCUGAGGGAAGGCUACUAUGUGAUGGACCCUGUGAAGGCUGUGGAGCUGGUGGAUGAAAACACCAUAUGUGUUGCUGCGAUCUUGGGUUCAACUCUCAAUGGAGAGUUCGAAGAUGUUAAGCUCUUGAACGAUCUUUUGAUCGAAAAGAACAAGCUGACCGGAUGGGAUACCCCAAUUCAUGUGGAUGCAGCCAGUGGUGGAUUCAUCGCGCCAUUCAUCUACCCGGAGCUGGAGUGGGAUUUCCGGCUACCAUUAGUGAAGAGCAUCAACGUCAGUGGCCACAAGUACGGCCUUGUCUAUGCUGGAAUUGGAUGGGUUAUCUGGAGGAACAAAGAGGACUUGCCUGAUGAACUCAUCUUCCACAUAAACUACCUUGGUGCUGACCAACCAACCUUCACACUCAAUUUCUCCAAAGGUUCUAGUCAAGUCAUUGCCCAGUACUACCAACUCAUUCGCUUGGGUUAUGAGGGAUACCAAAAUGUGAUGGAGAAUUGCCGCGAAAAUGCUCUCGUCCUAAAACAAGGACUAGAGAAGACCGGGCGCUUCAACAUAGUCUCCAAGGACAAUGGAGUUCCCCUGGUAGCCUUUUCUCUCAAGGACAACAGCUGCCACAGCGAGUUCGAGGUCUCGGACAUGCUACGUAGGUUCGGCUGGAUUGUGCCUGCUUACACCAUGCCACCAGAUGCCCAACAUGUGACGGUGCUCCGUGUUGUCAUAAGGGAAGACUUCUCGCGAACCCUGGCCGAACGCCUGGUAAUUGAUAUCACCAAGGUGCUCCAUGAGCUUGAUGCCCUCCCGGCAAGAAUAAGCGCCAAGAUCGCCGGUGAAGAAGAUAAGGUGAAGAACGGGAUGGUGGUGAAGAAGACAGCGUUGGAGACGCAGAGGGAAAUCACCGAUGCUUGGAAGAAACUUGUCACGGAUAGGAAAAGUCAAGUUUGCUAGAAGCUGAUUUGAAGGGUCACUGAGGAUCUCGCCAAGUUUUUGCAGAGAUUUAACGUUGUUCAUUUUCUUUUUUUGUCAUUUUUAUAUCUCCUUCUGAAACAUUAAUUUGGGUGAUUCUCCUAUUUAUAUGGGAGCCAUGUGUUUGCCUAUUAUUUGGUGAUUUA